AUGGAUUUUAAAAUUCAAUAUACUUGGGAUAGUUUUCCAGUGAGUCAUGAGCCAGUGCGUAUCAGGCUGAAUCCAUGUGACAAGGGAUUGAAGAUGGAGGUUAGUGCUCCAUUUUUCAAUGAUCCUCCAGCCCCUCUUGGAGAACCAGGAAAGCCUUUCAGUGAACUGUGGAAUUAUGAAGUUGUGGAAGCAUUCUUCUUGAAUGAUACAACUGAGCAGUAUUUAGAAGUUGAACUUUGUCCACAUGGACAACAUUUAGUUCUUUUACUUUCUGGAAGAAGAAAUGUUUGGAAAAAAGAGCUUGCAUUAUCAUUCAAAGUGUCCAGAGGAGAGACUCAUUGGGAAGGUGAAGCUUUUCUUCCUUGGAGUUAUUUUCCAUCAGAUGUGACACGAUUUAACUCAUUUGCAAUCCAUGGAUCAAAUGAUAAAAGAGUUUAUGAAGCACUUUACCCUGUGCCACAACCUGAGCUGCAACAAGGACAAAAUCCUGACUUCCAUCGUCUAGAAUAUUUCAAGCCUUUCAGUUUUAACACACUGCUUGGAGAAGAGUGGAAGCAGCCAGAAUCAGACCUGUGGCUGAUAGAGAAAUCCGAUAUAUAGGAGUAUAACCAACAGUGUCAGUCAUUUCUCCUCUGUAUCUUUUAAGGUAAUCUAAUAAGAUACAUAUACACAUUUCAAUAACAAUUUUAACAGAGAUCACUGAAAUGUAGUGCCUCUGUGGCAAAUUGUAUAUGGUGAACAAAGAAAAAAAACUCUGUGUAACAUAAAAUAAUUUUUACUUAAAUAUCCUCUCCACCCUUGAAAUCAGUACAAAACAAUAAUUUAUUUUAAUUGAUGAGACCGUCUCUAUCUGCUAAGGGAUCAAGAUAGAAGAGUUAUCUAACUAGAUAUUUUUACUGUGUAGGAAGAAAUGAAAUAGUCUUGAAUUAAGGAAAUGGAGUUGAUACUUUUACUUACAAAUAAAUGAUAUUUUAUUAAUGUUGUUAAAAAUGA